CUAAGGAAUCAAAGUUACUAAGGAAUCCACAAAUAAUGAAGUCCAUUUCCAUUCAAGUCUUGUUCCUUGUCUUCUCUCUUCUCAUGGUUGCAAACAUGAGCUAUGGAAGAAAAGAUUUGGGAGACUAUUGGAAGAAUAAGAUGAAUGAGCAACCUAUGCCAGAAGCAAUUAAAAACCUUAUUCAAGUUCCAAAAGCAUUAUCAUCAAAUGAAGAAAAAGAUAAUUCUUUUAAUAGGGAUUUUGAUGUACAUCCUAAUGUCAUAUUAUAUCAUACACAUGUGCAUGAGGAGAAGAAGCCUUUUGAUGAAUCUGCAGUAAGGAAAAUGGAGUCAUUGUUACCAAAUAAGGGUUGAAGUUAAACCUUCCAGAAAUAUAAAUAAUUAACUACUAAACAUAUUCAUACAUGAUAUGACAUAGCAAAUAAUUUAUGUAUUGACAUCUAGUCUUGUAUGAAGUA